AUGUCCGUUCAACGAAGCUCCAAGCCGCUGACGGCGCUCUUCAAGUCGCUCAGGCUCGGCGCCAACCCUUCCACAACAUCAGCAUCGCCCAUCGCGUCCAGCAGUCGAUGCUUCUCCUCCUCACACACUCCUCGUGCCGCCUCCAAAGCAGCGGCGGCUGCCAAGACACCGCAGCGAUCCGCAACGUAUCCGUUCUCGUCGGCGGCCCUGAUCCCGGAAGUACCCGAGUUCAUCUCGACGAAGCAGGGCGUCACGCCGCCUCCGCAGCCCAAGAGCGUUCUGUCGGGUGUGAUGCCGCGCGUGCACUCGGAGCUGCGUGCGCGCUACGACCCGGGCAACCGUCUGACCAAGCUCUUCGACCGCCAGUCGCGCGAGCGCAUCCCGCCGGGCUCGGUGCUCAUCGUCGAGUCGUGGACGUCCCCGCUCAAGACCAACUUUUCGUCGUUCUCGGGCGUGCUCAUCGCCGUGCGCCGGCGCGGCGUAUCGACGUCGUUCGUGCUGCGUAACCUCGUGCAGAAGCUGGGUGUCGAAAUGCGCUUCAACCUCUACUCGCCGCUGCUCAAGGACGUGCGUGUCAUCCAGAAGGCAGAGGCGGGCAAGAACGACAAGUCCGGCAAGCUGCGCAGGACGAGGCGCGCCAAGCUCUACUACCUCCGCAACGACGACAGGCGCCUCGCUGGUAUCGGCAACGUCAUCAAGCAGCAGCGCCUCCUCGAGGAGAAGCGCGCACAGGAGAUGGCAAAGCGUCGCGGCGGACGCAGCAACCACAUCCACCAUUGGAGGCUCACGAUGGCUGCUCACAUGGUGCCCAGGCUCGGCAUCAGGCUGGCAUCGCCUGCCCUGGUGUCGCACACAUCAAGACCGUUGGCCGCCGUCUUCCAGCGCUCGUUCGUCGCGCUCGCUCAACGCUCCUCCGUACCAUCGCUCGCCAACGCUUCGCCACUUUGCUCCGCAUCGACCACCACACCGACACUGCUAUCAACGCCAAGGCCUGGGUCGCUACAUGCCGCGCCACUGUCCCGCUCCGUCAUCCUCACCGCUCUUGCUCGCCACCAAUCGACUGCUGCGGCGACACCGGCCGACUACGCCUCAACCUCGUCCGCCGACUCGACGUCCAGCUCGACACACACCGCGUCGGCAGCCCCCGCGGUAUCGAAACCCGUCGUCGCACUGCAUCUGUACGCUCUUGCAUUCCUCGUGUACGCCAUCGUGGUCGUGGGCGGUCUGACGCGGUUGACCGAGUCGGGCCUGUCGAUCACCGAGUGGAACCCCGGGUUCAAAGGGAUGCGUCUGCCCAUCACCACGCCCGAAUGGGAGGCCGAGUGGGACAAGUACAAGCAAACGCCCGAAUUCCACCUGCUCAACUCCAAGAUGUCGCUCGACGACUUCAAGGCGAUCUACAUGUGGGAGUGGGGCCACCGCGUGCUGGGCCGCGUGAUCGGCGUCGCAUUCGUGCUGCCCGCCGCGUACUUUGUCACGCGGCGAUGGGUUGCUCCAGGCACGCGGUGGAAGCUGGCUGCGAUUGCGGCGGGCAUUGGAUUCCAGGGGUUCUUGGGUUGGUUCAUGGUCAAGUCGGGUCUGACGGCACCCGAGCCGAGUGGAAGGGCAAAGACGGUUCACGUCGAGGGAGGCGAGGUGCCUACUUCGGCCGCGCAGACGAGUACGGCAGCGGCAGACUGGACACCGCGCGUGUCGCACUUUAGACUGGCUAUGCAUAUGGGUACAGCGUUCCUGGUGUACCUCGCAAUGCUGCAUACCGGUCUGGCGGUGCAGCGCGACUACAAUGCGGCUAACCUUACGGGCGCCGUGUCGGGCGUGCGGGCUCGCACACAGGCCGCACUGACGCAGUUGGCCAAUACGCUCAACCACCCACUGCUGCGCACCCACUCUCGACUCACCAAGGCGGUGGCUGCGCUCGUGUUUACCACCGCCAUGUCCGGUGCGCUCGUAGCAGGUCUCGACGCGGGGCUGGUGUAUAACGAGUUCCCCACCAUGGGCGAGGGUCGCAUCGCACCACCCAUGCACGAGCUUAUGGACGACCGCUACGCCCAGCGUGACGAUGGCUCCGAUAAGGUGUGGAGAAACCUCGCGCAGAACCCGGUCACGGUACAGCUGAUUCACCGUACGCUGGCGGUGACCACGGCGUGUACCGUGCUCGCGCUGGCAUGGAAGACGCAUCGCCUUGCGCGGGCGUACACUGCCGCUGCACGUGUGGCUUCCACCCCCGUACUGCCUGCGUUGCCGCCAAGGGUGGUGCAGCUCGCCAAUGCGUCGGUGGCAGUCGUGGCGGCCCAGGUGACGCUGGGCAUUUCGACGCUCAUCUACAUGGUGCCCAUCCCACUCGCCUCGGCGCACCAGGCCGGCUCGCUCGCUCUCCUCUCGGUCCUCGUCGCCCUCAUCUCGGCGCUGCGUCCCAUCCCUACUCGCAUCCUUGCCCCGGCCGCAACGCGCAACACCCGCGUCCUCCGCAAGGUCGCCCACCCCACCCCCGCACUCAAACCUUAG